UUAUGGACUUAUGGAGGCUCUGGACACAUUUGUGUCCGUGGUGGCAGGUUAAGCUUUACUCACACAUUACACUACAAUUUUACAGCAUGGAUUUUGGUUGGCUGCUGACAUGUAGGUACACACAAAAUUGGUUGUGUUGUGUGUUUGACUAGCACGACUAACUUCUGCAAGUGCUUUAACGUGUUUUCCUGGUUCAUGUACACUAGAUGUAUGUUUAUUUCCACAUCUGACUAGUAAUGGGAACCGUAAGGUUUGGAGGUGCGAUAGACUUCCUGGGGGGUCAGUGGGCGGGGAUUGAACUGGACGACGCUGUCGGGAAGAACGACGGCUCUCUCAAGGGAAUCAGGUUCUUCACCUGCAAACCCAAGUUUGGUCUCUUCGUUCCGAUGCAGAGAAUCUCCAAGGCUCCAAUGAGGCAGUUGUCCACAGAGAGAAGGAAAAAGAUGGCCGCCAAUGGAGGGAGAAAGAGGGAGUCUGUUCCUCUCUCUCCUCGCACCUUUGAGGCUCAGGGAACCAUGGCCGUCUCAACUGACCUACAGGUAGGAGAGAGAGUCAGUAUUGAAGGCAACGGGACCGGAACUCUGAGAUACGUCGGCAGUGUCAAGUUUGCACCCGGGAUCUGGAUGGGAGUGGAGUUGGACAGCGGGGGAGGCGACAACUCGGGGUCUCACACCGGAGUAAGAUACUUCAACUGCAGACCCGCCCACGGGGUAUUCCUACCUCCCUCCAAGGUCAAAAGACUCUCUCCUGCACCAACAGCAGCAACCUCCAGUGGCUCCUCUACCAACAGUGGCCCAACUACUGAUUCCACUGACUUCCCAGCCCACUCCUCCUCCUCCUCCUCCUCCUCCCCUCGUCCCUCUCCUCCCGUCAACAAACGAAGACUCAACACCUCCAACACCACA